AUCAGAGGCCAGAUGCUUCAGUGAAGUCAGCAUUAUCACUUAUGGGCAAUACAGGAAAUUUCGUCUUUCUCACAUCAGAACGGUGAAGCUGAAGGCAGAAGAGUUUUAAAACAAGAUUUGCCCAUUUGAAAAGUGAUACCACAGUACAGCACUCUUGUGAAGUAAUUUCCACGUUAUGCAAUAUUCUGUAAACAGGUGGGAAACUGUGAGAUAGACGCCACAGAAGAAGAUACAGUAUAUGAGUGAAGGGCUUCAUGUUGCAUUACAGAAUGGAUGGCUGUGUAAUUUCACCUUUGUCAGAAGAAUUAAUUCCGUAUGAUCCAGACACUCGGCCAAUAUAUGACUUCUACCCGUAUCUCAGUACUGACCCUCAGACUCAUCCUGAAAGUGGCUGGGACUACACAGGCAUUCAUGGCCAUCACGGUGAAUUUGAGCCGCCUCAAGGAAACCAUUUCACAGAGCUGCAUCCCAGCACAUACCGCUAUGGAGACGUGGAGUCCUUCCAUCCAUCCGUAGAUUCAGGGAUGGGAACACUUUUACCUGUUGUUCCUCCACAGGUGGUUUCGUCAGGGUGCGCAAGUGGAUUGGAUGCAGUUAAUUACCACAGAUGUGUCCCAGCUCUGAGAGUUAGUGCACCCUCAGUACUGUAUACUUAUGUACCCCAUACAAUGUACCAGCGGUCCCCUGUCCCCCACUGCAGUACCGAUGAUGAGGACCCCGGGGGACGCAGUCCACCCUUUGAGGUGUCCGAGGGUGAGGAGGACAAUGACAAACACCCAGGCAUCUCCAGCACUCUAUCAGGAAACAAACGGAAAGUGCGCCUCUAUCAGUUCCUCCUGGACCUUCUGCAGGACGGAGACAUGCGGGACUGCAUCUGGUGGGUGGACCGAGAGCGAGGCAUCUUUCAGUUCUCCUCCAAACACAAGGAGAUACUCGCCGGCCGCUGGGGCCAGCAGAAGGGCAACCGCAAGAGAAUGACCUACCAGAAGAUGGCCAGGGCCCUGCGCAACUACGGCAAGACCGGCGAGGUCAAAAAGGUGAAGAAGAAGCUGACGUACCAGUUCAGCGGCGAGGUGCUGAGGAGGACGACUACGGAGAGGAGGCAGUAUCAUCACUGAAACCCUGGACACAAAACAUCUCGUUCAGAUCCAGUGUCUCUUACCUACAAUAUUAAUAAUAAUAAUAAUAUUCUCAGAUUCUCUCCUGCCAUUGUUCUGCAGCAAAACAUGUAAUCUCAGGGAUAUGUUAUAUGUAAAGGUAAAUCAGAGAUAUAUAAUAUUUGAAUAGCUGACAAAUGGAUAUGGACAAUAGACAUUUUUAAGGUUAAAGUUAAUGUAUUUUUAAAAGAGUACAUGCUUCCAGGUUUCAAUGCUGUCACUAUUUUUCUAAAUUGUGUUGAUUUCAUUAUUGUUACAUUUCAAUUGGCCAGAGGUGUGACAAAUGCAUUUUGAAAGGUAUAAUAUUUCAUGUGGUCUCUUAGUUAAUAUGCUUAUGAAAACUGCAUCUGCAAUAAUAAUAGCAUUGUAAUAAUCCAAUUCUAAUAAUAAUGUUACACUUCAGGACGUUUAAAUGUAUUCGGCUAUUUUGACACAUUUUGACUUCCAUAUGCUUCAUCCACACAAAUAAGCAAAGCUUUAACUUAUUUUAUGCUUAAAGAUCUGUCAUUAUAUUAUGCAGAGUCAUCACACCGCUGAAUUAAUGAACCUGGAAGUCCUCCUUUAAAAUAGCUUAUUUACUUCCUGUUGGGUUCAACAAAGAUCCUUAAGAGAUCCAAGACUGUUAAAAAGUGAUUUUGUGAGUCACAACAUAUAAAUCACAAAGAGCAUUUGUGAAGAAAAACAAAUUUAUAUCUACCUUGUUCAUUGGGACAUUUCUGGAUUUCAGUUUGUGAUAUGAACAGCCAAAGAUUAAAACACAAUUUAAACAGAUAA